UAAGAUAGGUAACAUCAAUAUCAAUGCUGUUGCAUGCGCAGAUGACAUUGCACUACUCAGUGAUAAUCCUUAUGACCUACAAAUUUUGGUUAACCAUGCCUUACAAUACAGUCAACUCCAUCAUUAUACUCUACAACCUCAAAAAAGUGUCAUUAUCCAAGUAGAGAACAAAGCAAAGAAAACAGCUAAUCAUAAUUGGAAUUUUAAUCUUGAUAACAAAGAAAUGCCAAAUUUGGACAAAUCCACACAUUUAGGAAUAAUUCGUUCAACAACUAAGUCAAAAUCAGAUAAUCACAAUAUAGAACAAAAUAUCACAAAAGCUCGCAGAACAGCAUACAGUUUACUAUCAGCCGGUUUUCAUGGGAAUAACGGUCUAGAUCCGAUAACAUCUGUAUCAAUAUAUAAGACAUACAUCCAACCUGUCUUAACGUACGGUCUAGAAGUAGUACUUCCGAACUCAACAAAUAUGCAAAAAUUAGAGCUGUUUCAAAAAACAAUAUUGAAGAAAAUUUUGUCAUUACCUCCAAAUACCCCAGAUCCAGCAAUCUACGUUAUCUCAGGUUUACUUCCUAUAGAAGCACAAAUUGACACAAAAAGUCUAACCUUAUUUAAUAACAUAUGCAGACAAAAUGAUAGAUCAAAAGAAAAACAACUUGCAUAUAGACAGCUGCUUAUCAAACCAGACAAUAGCAAUAGUUGGUAUAUAGCCAUCAAGAAAUUAUUAUAUAAAUAUGACUUUUCUGAUAUCAUUCAAUUCCUUGAUAAUCCACCGAAGAAACUUGAAUGGAAAAAUAUCAUACAGAAAAAAGUAGAUCUGUAUUGGAUCCAUAAAAUAAUUCAAAACAGUAGAUCAUAUCCAACGUUGACAUAUUUAAAUUGUGAUAUAUUUUUACCAAGAAAAAAUCAUCCAAUUAUUGAUCUCAAUAUUGACAACAAUCCGUCAAAAGGUGCGCUAUCGAUUGCGAUUAAACUUAAAUUAGUCACUGGAACUUUUAUGACACAAAUCAAACGUGCUAGCUUUACAAAAAGUGAAUCUCCUUUAUGUAAACUCUGUGACGAUGAAGAUGAAGAUAUUGAACAUCUACUAUUAAAAUGUAAGGUUCUAGAACCUAUAAGAAGUCCCUUCAUAAAUCAAAUUGAAGAUAAUAUACUUAAAGAUGCGUCCAUUUCCUUUUACAAAUUGUCUGCAAAUACUCAGACACAAUUAAUUAUGGACUGUACUAAACUUAGACAUCAGAAACCAGAUUUAUUAUUGGAUAGAAAAACAGAACAACUAUGUGAACUAAUUUCCAGAAAGUUGUGCUAUGCACUGCAUAGUAUAAGAGCUAGAACCAUAAGUAUGCAGAAGAAACACUCAAAAUAAGUGUAUACUGAUUGAGUAUUAACUGAUUCAACAGAACUAGUGACAGCAAUUAAACAAACAAUUGCGGACCUGUAUAUAAACUGUAUAUAUAUAUUUGUAUGAUAUUCUGGAUGGUGGAGGGUCGUAUGUACUAAUGCACUCUACUAAGAGGUUGUCCUGAAGGACGGAGAAAGAUUCAGCGGUAAGGUAAGGUUAUAAAUGGCUGUAGAUCCCAGAAAAGCUUUGAUAAAGAACAGGGUAGCCAUUGUCCGUGACUUAGAUAAUGGAGAUGAUGUUGCAGAUUACUUGUAUACUGUCAAGUUAUUUACUGAAGAUAUGAGAGAUACUGUUCUGCAAGAACCUGAAAAAGAAAAGAAAAAUCGUUUAAUACUUGAUACACUUGGCCGCAGGGGCCAAAAGGCAGCAAAAGGUCUUCAUGAUGCAUUCCUUGAGACUGAAAACAAUGAAUUAGCAAAACUGCUUGCACCUUACAUCAGAGUGAUUGAAAGUGAAGAAAACAGAUUCAGUCCUAAAGAAUGGCCCCCUAUAAAUGAAGAACAAAAUAAGAUGCAGAAAGAUUCAGUUAGAAGAAUUACAGAUUUAAAAAGUCCAUCAUACAUUCAUGAGUACACUGAUAAACAGGUGUAUGAGAUAAGAAAUAAAACCAGAGGCAAAGUUUUUAUAAUAAAUAAUGUGAAAUUUCAAGUUAACAAGUUAAGUCACAGGCAUGGAUCUGAAGUGGAUGCUGAAAAUAUUAAGAGUCUGUUUACAGAAUUGCACUUUGAUGUUGUUCAGAAAGACAAUUUGACAGGACAGGAGAUGUUAAAAUUUCUGAAAGAAGAGAGAGAUAAAGUUAAUUGGAAUACUAUGGAAUGUUUAAUACUUGUUAUAAUGAGUCAUGGUGAAACUACAGGGAUAUUUGGCACAGAUGGUCAAAUUGUUGAACUAAAGAAAAUAACAGAAAUGUUUGAAUCAUCACAAUGCUCUGGACUAAAUGAAAAACCAAGACUUGUCUUUGUACAAGCAUGUCGUGGAGAAAAUACUGAAUCUGACCAUACAGGCACUGGAAUCCAGGUGUCUGAUAAAGAUGGUGUUUCAGAAGGAAUACAGGCCAUUUCUUUAGAAACAGAACAGACAGAUGCUGUUGCACAGGCGCACAAUGAAGAUUCAACAAAGAGAACUGUUCAUUCUGCUGCAGAUUUUCUGAUAGCUUAUGCUACUCCUGAAGGUACUCCAGCUUACAGAAAUAUACAUGUUGGGUCAUGGUUCUUAAAUGCUAUUGUAUGGACAUUCAAAUAUCAUGCCCAUCAAGAGGAAAUUCAGCAUAUGUUAUUAAAAGUUAAUGAAUUAGUGUCACAAGGAAGGACAAUGGCAGGAAAUUUGACUGUGUCAGAAGUAAAAAGCAAUUUGAGGAAAAAAUUUUACUUCUUCCCAGGUGUAUAUGAUGAUCCACCUAAAUUCAUUGACAGUUAGAACUGUAGAAAAUUAAUGAAGUCUGACCAUUAACAGAAGGAUCUUUUAAAAAAGAAAGAGAAAAGCUCUUUCUAAAAAAAAAAAAAGCUUAUCACCUUAAUAGUGAAUUUCAAAUGUACAUUUACCAUUUGGUUUGAAGUAAUUAAUGAAAGGAACAAGAAAAAUGGAUUUCAAGAGUAUAUGGCUGAAGAAGACAGGUCUGAAAUGAUGUUUAGAUAUUUCAAAUGUAUGCAAUAUAGUUAGCAUAAAUGGCUGGUUUUUUAUACACUUGUGUUUUUUUUUUUUUUUAAUAGCUUGAUGUAUCAAUAUUUCUGUUAAGAACUUCUAAAGUAUUAUAUAAUUUGAUAAAAGAUUUUACAUAUAAAAUUGUUUGUAAGCAUGAUUAAAAUAAGAUAAUGUACUUAUGUUAGUACAAUGUUUUAAAAAAGACGUGACUGAUUGCUUUUUGAAUCUUGAAAUAGCUACAUGUAAAAGCAGAUUUUAUAGGUUUUUUUCUUCUUUAUUUGUUUGUUAAAGUAUCUUGUUUUAUUUUCAUGUUGCUGAUUUCUUUUAGCUAAAAAUUGAUAUUUCAUUACAGCAUUAGUAUAUUUUUGUAUUGCAAAGGCCGAAAAUGUCUCAUAUAUAUGUCUUAAAGUCAUGAGUCUAAUAUAGUUUUAAUAUUAUACAUUGCAUAUGAUAAGGUAUAUAAAAUUGUGACAAUAUAAUAAACUAUUUACUUAUACUGCCUAUAAGUUUUAGAAACAAUGAUGUACAGACAAUUCAUCCUUUGUGUUGUGUUUUUUGGGGCAAGUAUGUUUUUUUGUAGGGACAAACAAUUAUUUAUCAACUGAAAACUUAAUUUAUAAUUCAGGUUAUUUUUUUUAGUUACAUGUAGAAAAAAAAUGCUUUCUUUAAGUCAACUUUUUAGCUCAACUGACUCAAAGGGCCAAAUGAGUUUUUUUCAUCACUUAGUGUCCUUUGUCCAUAGUCAUCUGUUAAUUUUUACAAAAAUCAUCUCCUCUGAAAAUACCGAACAAAAUUUAACAAAACUUUGCCACAAUUAUCAUUGGAGUAUCUAAUAUUAAAAAUAUGAACCAACCUGGCUGACAUAGCUAAAAAUAGAACAUAUGGGUGAAAAGUAUUGUCUAUUAUCUUCAAAUUAACCAUGAAUAGAGAACAUCUGACAGGGCAUAAAUGUUCAGAAAGUUGAGAUCUACCUACUGUUAAUUUGCAUCAAAACUGUCAGAUGAUUUCUUUUGGGAGUUAUUGCCUUUAAAUGACAAAUUUUACCAUUUGAAUUUUUCAAUUUUGCCUACUGUGGAUUCAUUUAUUUUCGUGGGUACCAAUUUUCGUGGAUUGAGGAAAACUUGCAUAUUCGUGGAUAUUUGAUUUCGUGGUUUUCUAAAAGUCUGCAUAUAAUCAUACAGCAAAUUUGCAAUUCGUUGAACUUUUAAAUUCGUGGUUUCCCUGUACCCACGAAAUCCACGAAAAUUGGUAUCCAUCGAAUAAUAAUGAAUCCACAGUACUAUCUUAAGAACUAUAAAUAAAUUGAGAAAUGUUAGAUAACAAAAAUUAUCAGCAAGACAAUAUCUUCGACUUAGCCAUCAUUACCAAAUAUUUAGACGACUCCUUAUUGGAUUUAUAGCCCUUUAAUGAAGAGUUUUACCAACUUUUUGAAUUUUUGCCCAAUAUCUUAAAAACUAUAAUUGAUAGAUGGAAGCUGUAGAAUAGCAAAAUUUAUCAGCAAUAUAAGAUCUACAAAUUAAUCUAAUGGCCAAAACUGUCAGCUGACUUCUGAUUAGAGUUAUUGCUCUUUAAUGACGAUUUUUAUCUCAAUUUGACGAAGUGGAAAAGGCGGGACUUAGGCAUGCUGUUUCCAGUGGCAGCGAUGUCAACAAUGUAAUUAGUUUGUGAUGAGGUCAGUUUAUGGGGAACCACUAGUGGUAGGUCAAUCAUAUUUAAUAUGUAGUUGUAUCUCAUUUCCAUAGAAAUUAUUUGGUCCCACCCCCUCAGUCAUGGUCUAUUGACUUUGAAUUUUUGCUUAGUUUACAUUUAUAAGUUUGUGAUUAGGUCAGUGUAAGAGGAACCAUUAGUCGUUUGUCAAUGAUAUUUGGUAUGCAAAUGUAUUGGCAUUUGCAAGUCUCAUUUCCAUGGAUAUAAUAUGACCCCACCUCCUCAUCAUGGUUUACAUGUUAAAGUUUGAUUCGAUCAGUUUCAAGGGAAUGACUUCUGAUAAGUCCAUGGUAUUUGGUAUGAAUUUUUAUAAGCAUUGACAUUUCUCAUUUUCAUGGAGUUUAUUUGGCUCGGCUUUGUUAGUUAUAGUUUCAUUGACUUUGAAUGAUAUGCAUAGUUUACAUGCUUGAAUAUUGCCAUUUUAAUUCAACAUUUGCAUUAUACUAUCAAAAUUACAAAAUGCUAGACAUA